UCUGGAUAUGAAUUCCGAAUUGAAUCCUAUGACGCCAUGUGCCUGCAGCCUCGCCAGAACAUCAACAAACCACCAACUUCACUAUUUCCUCUAAUCUCGGUAUUCUGCCUCUACCAACACACAAUCCUCUCCUCGAGGUAAACUCAAUCAACGGCGCCGGAGCAUGUCAUGGAGGGCCCUGCGCCUCCAUGCCUCGCUACGACCGGCAGGGUCAUGGUCAUGCCGUCCACGUCCUUACCAAGCAGUGUCAUAUACAUCGCGAACUAACAUCCAACCUCGUCCCCCUACAAUCAGAAUCAACAGGCUUACACGACACCACUCCAACGAUGCCAACACACCACGGUCCUUAGAACCCGGUCCAGCACGACCAUCCCCCAACACCAAAUCAUCCAACAGCGACUGCCACCCCCCAUCUCGCGACGAAGAGAAACCCAUUGACGCCCGGUUUACCGACCUAGGCCGUCUAAUCGCCGACGACUACGCCCACUUCCGGGAAAACUACUCGACCCCAAAACAUCCAAUCGUCCUGGCCCAUGGUCUAAUGGGCUUCGACGAAUGGCGCCUUGCCGGCAAAUACCUGCCAGGAAUCCACUACUGGCGCGGAAUCACCGAAGCAUUCGCCCGCAACGGGAUCGAAUGCAUCACGACAGCUGUUCCCCGAACAGGCAGCAUCGAAGAACGCGCCGCCGUGCUAUGUGCCGAAAUCACCAAAAAGGCACGCGGCCGGCACGUCAACAUCGUCGCGCACAGCAUGGGCGGUCUGGACGCGCGAUACCUGAUUUCGCGCAUCUGUCCACCAGAAUCGGACUUUGUGGUGCGCAGCCUCACGACCGUGGCUACGCCUCAUCGCGGGUCGUCGACCGCCGACAUGGUCCUAAGGGACAUUGGACCCGACCUCCUCCCGCGCAUCUAUUGGACUUUGGAACGCCUCAAGAUCAAUGCGGGUGCAUUCUCCCAACUCACCACCGAAUAUGUCACGAAGAAAUUUAACCCCGUCACACCGAAUGAUCCGUCAGUCCGCUAUUUCAGUUACGGCGCGAGUGCGACGCCGCAUUUGUUCUCGGUUUUCCGACUGAGUCAUGAGUUGAUGAUGGUGCUCGAGGGGCCGAAUGAUGGUUUGGUUUCGGUUUAUAGUUCCAAAUGGGGCCAGUAUAUGGGCACUUUGAUGGGGGUUACACAUUUGGAUUUGAUCAAUUGGACGAAUCGGAUCAAGAGGCUUGCGGCCGGUUUGGGCCUCGUCGAGCAGAAGUUUAAUGCGGUGGCCUUUUAUUUGGGGGUCGCGGAUAUGUUGGCCAAAGAGGGGUUAUAAGAGGGAAGAAAGAAAUGGUGGCCCGGGGGGAGGUGGUUGAGAGGGUUGAGUUGUGGUCUUCUUGGCCAUGGCAGAGCAAGGAGGAACCAGCUGUACUGUAGUGUAGCACGUGCUGUAGCAGCAGCAGCAAUGGAAGAAGCGGACGAAAACGCAAAGAUAGAAGAGGACCUACUGGUGGUUGAAAAUAUCACCAACCUAGGUAAGGAUAUCAGUGUUCCAGGAGACGAACAGACGAAAACUGUUGAACGGUGAGAUUAUAUCACAGUCAUCUGAUUUUUUUAGAAGCGAGACAGAAAAUAAAAACUAAUUCUACUGGCACACUCACCACACUCGUGCUGGUAAUGAAUUCAAUGUGCAUUCGAAUCGACUAGCAUGUAGAGCAGGA